CUUGCCAGAUUAAGGGCCAUAUCAUUUAUUCUGGGGUUUUUCCCGUCUUCCUCUUUUUCCGUCUUUCUUUAUCAUGGCAGGUCACUGGCUGGGCUCGACAUGUUUUCCGGACUAGAAGAGCUGGUCGCUGACAACAAUAUGCUGGGGAAUGACCUGCAGUUGCCCUGGUUACCCAGCCUUCACACCUUGACGCUCAAUAAGAACCAGCUGACUGACAUCGAGGCGCUGCUGGAGCAGCUGGGGGCGUUGACCCCGGCCCUCCGCUACCUCAGCCUGCUGGGGAACGAGGCCUGUCCCAACGAGCUGGUCAGCCCCGAUAAGGACGAGGACGACUACCAGAGAUACAGAUACUUUGUGCUGUACAAGAUGCCCCAGCUCAAGUUCCUGGACACCCGCAAAGUGACCAGCAGAGAGGUGCUGGAGGCCAAGGCUAGAGGGGCCUUCAUGAGGGUGGUGAAGCCCAAGUCAGACAAAGUAGGCUAACCCUCCUUCUUCUUCACCCUCUAUUAUACUGCCUAAAGCUCGGCCCUUCUGAAGUCCAACCAG